UCAAAUCGGGAGUUGCGGAGCAAACUUCUAGUGACUGACAAAUGUACCGUUUUUCGCGCGGCGCUUUGGCGGCCCUGAGAGCGGAACCGCACUGAAGUAGGUCGUAAACCGUGGACCGUGGACGCAGAACGAGGGAGGGUUGGCGCGGCCCGGUUAUUUGGACACGUUUAUGGUUAUCAAGUUUGACAAUAAACAUCGGGCGGUCCUGUAUGACACGGAGUUAACGAUACGUCAGCAUGGGUGGGUUGCUCAGUUACUUUCGUAACCUGCUCGGCAGCCGCGAGAUGCGGAUCCUGAUUCUCGGCCUGGACGGCGCCGGCAAAACCACGAUUUUGUACAGGUUACAGGUAGGCGAAGUAGUAACCACAAUACCAACCAUAGGGUUCAAUGUAGAACAAGUUACUUACAAAAAUUUAAAGUUCCAAGUCUGGGAUCUCGGUGGUCAGACGAGUAUACGACCAUACUGGAGGUGUUACUAUUCCAAUACAGAUGCGAUAAUUUACGUGGUAGAUUCGGCAGACAGAGAUAGAAUAGGCAUAUCAAAGGAUGAAUUAAUUCUCAUGUUACAAGAAGAAGAGUUACAAGGCGCAAUCUUGGUGGUACUGGCGAAUAAACAGGAUAUGGCGGGAUGUCUUAGUGUCGCAGAGGUCCAUCAAGCGCUCGGAUUGGACGCUCUCAAAAACAGAACCUUCCAAAUAUUUAAGACUUCCGCGACGAAAGGCGAAGGACUGGACCAAGCUAUGGACUGGUUGUCGAACGCGCUGCAGAGUAGAAAAUGAUCAAUAUUAUGUCAGAAUUAUUUAUAUACGAGCCUUAAAAGGGGACUAGUCAUACGACUGUCGCUCUAAAUGUGCCGCCGGAUUGCCGGGCAUGCGAUGUUUUGUUUAUUUAUUGUGAUUAUUGUAUUUUAAAUAUUUUCUUUACAAUUUACAGCGAGAAUAUUCGAGGAAUCACUGUACUUUUUCAUAACGCUGAACACAAUGAUAAGGGGAUCAUUUUAUCUUUCUAUGUAAUUUAAAAUAAACUUAGAGGAUUCUUUCGACUUA